AUGUCAUUAUCGGUAGCUGAAAGAUCAUAUUUAUUUGAUUCUCUAUCAAGUCCUCAAGCAUUGAGACCAGAUGGAAGAUUAGCGCAUCAAUUAAGACCUAUUGAAGUAUACACAGAUUUUUUACCAAGCUCAAAUGGUUCUGCAAGAAUCAUUGCUAGUGAUGGUAGCGAAUGUAUAAUUAGUGUUAAAAGUAAAGUCGUAGACCAUGCUGUAGAGAAGGAUUUGAUUCAAGUAGAUAUAGAUAUUGCUGGAGAAAGAGAUGAUUCAUUACUGGUGGAAAGUAUAUCAUCAUUAUUUAAUAAGAUUAUUGAUACUAUUGAUUCAUCCAAAUUACAACUGACACAGAAAUACAGUUUCAAGAUUUUUAUCGAUGUAUUAGUAUUGUCUUCAUAUUCGUAUCCAGUAUCUCUAAUCUCAUUUGGUAUAUACUCAGCGUUGAAGUCUACGUAUUUACCCAAAUUAAUUUCUUCAUUUGAUGACUUAGAAGUUGAAGAAUUACCUACGUUCCAUGAUUAUGAUUUAGUGAAGUUGGAUGUAUCUCCGCCAUUGGUCUUUGUUUUGGCUAUUAUUGGGGAUAACAUCUUUUUCGAUCCGGCAUUUAACGAGAGCAUGGUUGCUAAUAAUGGAUUAAUUAUCAGUUGGUCACAAGGGAAAGUGAUUGCACCUGUUAGAACCAUUGCAUUAAAUGACACGUAUGUGAAAGGUUUUAAACCUAGGUUAGUAGAAGAUGCGAUUGAGUUGGUAAAUAAAUAUGCACAAGACAUAGUGAAAACUCUAGAUUGA